AUGUCAGAUGCUGAGGAGCUCAUCACAAGCUGGGGAGAGAAGAACAAACAACCACAGGAUGGUAAUGAUUAUGAUGAAGACCAGAAGAAGCAGAGGAGCAGCAGCGAUGAAUCUGAGGAGAGUGCAGGGGUCAGGGGAGACGAGACGGAGAUGACCCGGCAGUCUCAAGUCUACAGUUCAACCACUGACACACUUUUCUCAAAAUCUCACACCAGAACACAUGCACUGUCACUGGAAUGGGUGAUUGGGAUGACUCCUGCACUCCCCGUCUUCAGUUUGCAAGACCACAAUCAGUUGGUGAUUCUCUACGCUGGAGCUCACAUCGGGAUCAUCUACAACCACACGUCAAAGACCCAGCACACACUCCAGGGUCACUGCAACCCCAUCUCAUGCAUGUGUGUGAGUGAAGACAGACGCUGGGUAGCAACUACAGAACAGGGGCCGAAAAACCUGGUGAUGAUAUGGGACUCCUAUUCUGGAAUUCCUGUGCAAACCUUGUUCGACUGCCACCCUGAUUGUGGUGUCGUUGCAAUGGCGUUUUCAAAGGACACAAAACAUCUGGUAACCCUCGGGGCUGAAGACUUUCAACGUUUGUGUGUUUGGGAUUGGACGAAUCAAACGGAAAAGCCUUCAUGCUUUACUGAAAUCAAUCCUAAGCACGGUUAUCAAAAGCACGUCAUUUUCAACCAAAACGACGGCAAUCAGCUGCUCACCAACAGUGAAAGUCAGGUGCUACUUUACAGCAGGGCUCAGGGAGAUCUGCAAUACGUUGCCCUGAAUUUUAAGAAGGCUGCCAAGUUUCCGAAUACGUGUGUGUUCCACUGUCGGAAGCCUCAGGUCCUGGCUGCCACUGCAGCUGGGGGGCUUGUGGUCUGGGACGUGAUGAAAGACAUGAAUGAAAACCAGACUGUCCCUCGAGACCGAAUCAAGGUCAUUCGGCUUCAGAAAGAUCCGAUCACUGUUCUCGCCGUAACUGACAGCUGUAUAGUAACCGGUGACACUCAAGGCGAUAUCAAGUUUUAUAAUGACGAAUUCCAGCUUGUCAUGUGGUACGAUGAAUUCAAACUGGAUGCUAUCGUGUCCAUUUCCUUUUCCAAAGAGUGCACAGAGGGGUUUUUGAAGGCCUGCACUCUGGAGGCCAAACCCUACAUUUUCAGGAACUUUGUUGUGUCCACAGUCAGUUCCAGAGUAGUACAUGUGAAUUCAGAGAAAAGCAUCCAACAGAUUCUGCUGAGUAAGGACUGUGACCCUGUACAUGCAGUAGCCUGUCACCCCAAACAGCCAGCUGUUGCCAUGGGUAACCACAUGGGCAUUUUAAGAGUGUGGGAUUACAUCAACAAAGUGAUCAUCUGCAGAAGGGUCUUUGCGACUGAGAAGGAGAUUCGGUGUAUUACUUUUGAUCCUCAAGGAUCCUACCUGGCAGUUGGCUUUGGCAGCGGUGCCGUUCACAUACUGAACUCCGGCACUUUGAACAGUGAUCCUAAGGAAUGUUUCCAUUUUUCUAAAGAUGGCAUCCUUCACAUCACUUUCUCCUCAGACUCAAAGUAUCUUGCCACUGCAGACGCUGGAAAAACGGUGACAGUGUUCCGCCUGCAGGCUAGAGAAGGGUCUUCACCUCUUUGGAUGUACCUGGGCAGAUACCGCUCCCACUACAAGCCCGUCAUAGACCUUCUUUUUGGGGUUCACCUGGACAGCACCCAACCCAGACUGCUAUCUCUGGGGAUGGACCGUCGCCUGGUUGAGUACGACUUGGAAAACUCUGAAGAGAACCAUCUCCUCAUUUUAAGCUCUGAGCGCGUCGAGCAAAGUGCUGUGCCAAAGUGCAUGACUUGGUAUCCUCCGUUGACGGCAGAGCAGUUUCUUCUCAUUGCCUCAGACAAAUACAAGAUGAAGCUUUUCAACAGCACGAGCAGGAUGUGCAGACAGACUCUCCUUGGCCCAACAUACGACUCUCCCAUUAAGAAAACAAUGGUUCUUCCCAAGUUGAAAGAAUCUGAGACAAACUCAUAUUACCUGGCUUACAUCACAGAGGACAAGGUGGGUCUCCAGAUUUUGCCUGUUGACGGGAACCCCUACAAGUCAAAUGCUCUGAUCUGCCACUCGACAGGGGUCUCUUCUUUUGACUGCUCCUACGAAGGCCGAUUUGUCUUCACUGCAGGUGGAUCUGACUGCACUGUAAUGUCAUGGGAGAUAAGCUUAAAUGCUUUGGAAGCAGCAGCCUCAUUGGGUGGAAAGGACAUGGCACCUUUUUAUACCCUUUUAGAAGGAGGGAGAGACGGCAAGUUCUACAGGGAUAUGGAGGACUUUUUCUAUUUCUGCCAAGUCCGUCAUCAAGGCACUGACUCAAUGGAGACACGUCAAGUGUCGACCAAAAUCCCCCUGUGUGAGGUCCCUUCUCUGAUGAGAGCAUUGACAUAUUACCUUACAGAGCAAGAGAUAGAAGACCUGCAAAAUGAGGUCAAGUUCAGCAAGUAUGCGGAAACAGGAAAAUACGUGACUGACAUUGACCUGGAGGAGUUUAUCAAACUGUAUAUCAACCAUCGACCAGCCUUCGGCAUUGAUAGACAUCAGCUCAUCCAAGAUUUCCAUGUCCUUGGUAACCCGGACAGUACAGGACAGCCCGUUCUGCAGAGACAUAAGCUGCUAGAAUUUCUGCAGGCUCGAGGAGAACACAUGACAGAGGAUGAGGUGGCCGAGUGUUUCACUACACUUUUAGGUGUCAAUGAAGAAGACGAUGAAGAAGACGAAGGCGAUUCAGAAUAUACUUUGGAGUGUGCAAUUCCAGAAGAGAUAUCAUUGGAGACAUUCACAGGUCACAUCCUGGGCUUCUCAUCCCCAAUAGAGGAGAGUGGCAGAUCCUCGUCUUCACAGUGA